AUGGCUUCUACCAUGGCUACAAACAGAGCAGCCGUUCAUAGUAAUGUUCGCUCAAACCGUAUCGGUGCAUCAACACUCACCGGCGACCGUACAAACUCUACACACAACGCCGGGAUGACCAACGGCUUUCCUGCCAGUAAAGAUCGCUGGAAUAACAACAUAUGGUCCAGAAAUACAUUCGGGUCUGACAGCGAGUCGGAGGGCACUGUAACUAGAGAAAAUGCUUUUCAGGGCAAGUCCGGGUCCAGCUCUCUGUUAGCAGCAUCGGAAUCCGAUGGAUGGGCUGGCCGUGCUAGUCUCCCUUGGAAUACAGUUGGUUCCACAUCAGCCUUGAACAGCAUCAAGACGUCUCCAAUCGAGGCUCGUACAGGCGAUCGAAGCGCACCAGCCAGCGCUGGAAGUGGUGACAAUAACUCAUAUUUUUCACUUCCUCGGGCUGCUGCAAUCGGCCAAAAUGGAAGCUCAGGCUCCUCAAAGACCUUCCUGGGGUCAAACGGAGAGAGUUAUUCAGUACCUGCUACUGAGGGGUUAUCGCUAUCGAACUUCGGAAACUUUAGGAAUGAUGAAAACUCUGGACAGACGCAGUUCCCCUCUUUUCCGAACAACCAGACUCCGGGUGGAUUCCAAAGGAAGUCGAGUUUGGUUCCAAAUACGCAGCGAUCUGAAGAUGUUCUUGGAUCCAUGAGUGCUGGUCCAUUCUCACACGUUGGUUCAGAGUCUAUUUCGGCUGGUUCGACGCGUCACGUUGGUUCCAAUAACUAUCCUCACUCGGCCUACCAGUCAUACCAAGCCGAAUCGCACAAUCUAGGUUCCCGUCUAUCGAGCGGGCAGAUCGAUAUUGGCGCCGGCUUGAACCAACUGCAUUUGAAUGAUAAUGCUCACCGCAAUGCAUACAGUCAUCAUGAUUCGUUCGAUAUAUCCUCUGGCACUCGCUUUAACAAUCAACUACAACCCGAUGAUGUCAAUUAUCAAGACUAUGUCUCCGAGUUCUCGAACGAUGGACCGCUCGCACCAUAUCAAUCUCUAUCCAGGCUUGGUGAACGUGAUCAAUCUCCUGCUGGUGAAUAUGCGCGGGCCCUCAGUAACUCCUUCUAUCCAAGUACGCGGACACCUCCUGUCGCAGCUAAUCAAUUCCGACCCUCUUCUAGUCAUCGCAUGUCGGCACAGCUCAGCGAUGGACAAGCUGCGAUUUUGGACCGUCGGUUGCGAGGGUUGCAACAAGAACAAGAUUUCGGCCAUGCUGCAGGGGGAGCCAUGCAGCAACGUAUUUCAAUCCCCAAUGGCUACGACCUUGCUGGAUACUCGGCCGCUCGUUUGAAUGGCUUCCCUCAAUACUUGCAGAUGCCAUACAACAACCUGCCAUCAUCAAUUAUUCAACGCGUCUCUCACCGUGAACCAGAUCCUAGUCAGGUUGUCCGCAGCCCUCUCCUUGAGGAGUUCCGGACUCACAACAAGUCAAACAAAAGAUACGAGCUAAAGGAUAUCUACAACCACAUUGUGGAAUUCAGUGGUGAUCAACAUGGAUCCAGGUUCAUCCAACAAAAACUCGAGUCGGCUAAUAGCGAUGAAAAAGACCAAGUCUUCCGUGAGAUUCAGCCCAACUGCUUACAACUCAUGACUGAUGUCUUUGGCAAUUAUGUUGUCCAAAAACUCUUCGAGCAUGGCAAUCAGUCGCAGAAAAGGAUUCUUGCGAACCAGAUGAAGUCCCACAUCUUGGCUCUAUCAACCCAGAUGUACGGCUGCCGUGUCGUUCAAAAGGCGUUGGAGCACAUUCUUACCGAUCAACAAGCCGCUAUGGUCAAGGAGCUAGAUCAGCAUGUCAUGAAAUGCGUGCGUGAUCAGAAUGGUAACCACGUUAUUCAGAAGGCCAUUGAGCGAGUUCCCACGCAUCACAUUCGCUUUAUUAUCGAUGCUUUCAAGGGUAAUGUCAAUAAACUCGCUACUCACCCAUACGGCUGCCGGGUCAUUCAGCGGAUGCUUGAACAUUGUGAGACUGCCGAUCGUGAAUCGAUUCUUACUGAGCUCCACGUAUGCACGGAAUCAUUGAUUCCUGAUCAAUUCGGCAAUUAUGUCAUUCAGCAUGUCAUUGAGAAUGGCGAAGAGAAAGACCGAUCUGUCAUGAUUAAAUCUGUCGUCAAGAACGUUCACAACUUUUCCAAGCAUAAAUUUGCUAGUAACGUUGUGGAAAAGAGUAUCGAGUUUGGUGAAGAAAGCCAGCGACGAGAAAUCAUCCGAUUGCUUACAGCCCACAAUGACCGCGGCGAGAGUCCCUUGCUAGCCUUGAUGCGAGACCAGUAUGGAAAUUAUGUUAUUCAGAAAGUCCUCGGCCAAGUGAAAGACUCCGAGCGAGAGAUGAUAAUUGAUGAAAUCAAGCCAUUGCUCAGUCAGCUGAAAAAAUUCAGCUAUGGCAAGCAAAUCAUGGCUAUUGAGAAACUCAUUGUUGACCCCAACGCUCCCACGGUUGCUGCAAACUCUUCAACCACGCCGCCUGCAUCUCACAAGUCCUCGCCACAACCCUCUCGCAGAUCGCUUGCCGAAAUUCGUCCACCGGUCGGUGGUGCGGCACCUCCUACUCCUCCACCCACCGAUACUCAGAGUCUUCAUGGAGGGUCUGCCACUGAUGGAUCAGUCGAUGGACCUGUUGAAAGUUCCAAGGGGCUGGCUACCACUUCUAUUGCCGCCGUACCUGACUCUACCACCACCACUCAUCAGACUGGGGCUGAAGUAACCGUGGCAGUCAGUAUUCCAUCUGAAUCACGAGCAUAA